CCGAACUGGGCGUCAGGUCGGGGAGCCGGUCGGGUUCCCGCUCGCUGCCGCCGCCGCUGCCGCCGCCGCCGCCCCCCUCCCGCAGUGACUCUCCCGCCUCUCCCGCCGCGGGAGCUGCAUCGCUAACUCUGCUCGGCCGUGGAGUCGCUGGCCCGGGAGCACAGAGUUCUGGACCCGACGCGUCGCGCCGAGCCCCCCAUCACCUCUAGCCGGGGCGACCCCUCCCCGGUCCUCCCCGGUCCUACGCGGCCGCCGGAGCCCCCAGCUCCGAGAGACCCCACGGUUCGGUGGCGGCAUUCCGGUUCCUGCACUCCCACAGCCGCCGCCCCCCACCCUGAACAUGGACUCCGACUCCUGCGCCGCCGCCUUCCACCCUGAGGAGUACUCCCCCGGCUACAAGAGGCGCAGGACCGUGGAGGACUUCAACAAAUUCUGCACCUUUGUCUUGGCCUACGCGGGCUACAUCCCCUACCCGAAGGAGGAACUGCCCUUGCGGAGCAGCCCAAGCCCCGCCAACAGCACGGCGGGCACCAUCGACAGCGACGGCUGGGACGCCGGCUUCACUGACAUCUCGUCGGGGGUGCCCUUGCCGGUCUCGGAUCGCUGCUUCGGCCACCUGCAGCCCGCCCUCCUUCAGCGGGCCAAGCCCAGCAACUUCCUGCUGGACAGAAAGAAGACCGACAAGCUGAAGAAGAAGAAGAAGAGGAAGCGAAGGGACAGCGACGUGCCUGUGAAGGAGGGGUACAUGGGCAGCCUGCUGAAGCUGGAGGCCGCCGACCCGUACGCGGAGACCCCCACGAGUCCCGCCUUGCAGGGCGUCCCCCAGGCCCCCGGCGACCCCUGCUCGGGCUGGGACUCCGACACCCCUUCCAGCGGGUCCUGUGCCGCCGCCACCCCCGACCAGGCCAAGGAGAUAAAGACUGAAGGCAAACGGACUAUCGUCCGGCAGGGGAAGCAGGUGGUGUUCCGCGACGAGGACAGCACCGGCAACGACGAGGACAUCAUGGUGGAUUCGGACGACGACUCGUGGGACCUCGUCACCUGCUUCUGCAUGAAGCCCUUCGCCGGCCGCCCGAUGAUCGAGUGUAACGAGUGCCACACCUGGAUUCACCUGUCCUGUGCCAAAAUCCGGAAGUCCAACGUUCCGGAAGUGUUCGUCUGCCAAAAGUGCCGGGACUCCAAGUUCGACAUCCGCCGCUCCAACCGCUCCCGCAUGGGCUCCCGGAAGCUGUUCCUGGACUGACCGCGGGCGAGGGCGGAGACUGCGGGGGAAGAGUCGGAAGGGACGGUGGGCUCUCGGGCCCCUUUCUUAGUUGAGCACAGAACUCUCAGCUCUGGUGCAGGCAGACCCUGCCAUUCAGGUGCCUAAGCAAAAGGACAGGCUGUCCAAGGUCUCAUCUGUACAUAGCCGGUAACUGAGGAGGGUCCUCGCAGGCCGAAGCCGCUGCCGCCGGAGCUGUGGUCUCUGCCCUGGAGGCGGGCUCCGCGCUCCAGCGCGGCGGGUUUGCUUCGGCUGAAAAGGAAGGUCCGUGGUAGUUGUGAGUUCUUGCUAUUGUUAAACUCCCACCGGUUAGAACAAGUGCUGUUACUCCUGCUUCCGCUGUGUUGGGGACAAGUGUUUCCCCGGCCUGUUAACAAACAGCCAUACGUGCAAAGUUUUUCUCAAGUGUAAGUCUUUUACCGUAAAUGUCUGUACAGCAACCAUCAAAGCCGCCCCCCCCCUCAGUGGCUCACUCUCCCCACUGCCUCCGCGCCGCCUCUGCCCCUCUGCCUGCUGGACUCUGUCUCCCUCCGAGAGCAGCUGGGGGCGCGGGCAGGCCGGUGGUCCUUAGGUUUCCUUCCGUUCGUUAAAAAGGAUAGUGUGUGGCCGCUUCGCUGUAGAAAGAGGGUUGCUUCUUGGGGGAUGGAGGUGGCCCAUGUUCAUAACUCAGUUUCCUGUUUUGCACGAUGUAAAAAUCCUGUCUAUUUGCACGAUGUAGCCAAAAGUAUUGGCAGAUUUUUGCCUGGGUGCCAUUUUUCUCCACUUGGCCUGUGGGAGCCAGUGGGUGCCCAGGCAGGGUGUUUUGAAGCAAGGGGGCACUUGGGGGCCUUCCUCACCUCUUCCCCUCCCCUUGUUCCUUCCAGUAGCAGCAUAAGAGUUAGGCAGUCCCUCGGGAACGGCGUUCCUGGCUUAAUGGGUGAAGGGAGAUGGGAGACGGGCCUCUCCCCGCGUGGUUCUCAGUGUCCCUAGUGCAGGUGGGCCUGCUGGCUCCACAGGCCAAGGUUAGGACCCGGAGCCUUUUUGGUGAAUGAGUGAGUGAGUGAUACGGUAACGUUGGCCUCCAGUUACAUGCCAUUGAACUGUGCAGAGUUGCUCGCAGGGGGCCUGGGAGGGCCCAGCUCUGAGAAGCCGGGGAGUCCCAGAGGCCUGCCAGGCUCUGCCCCAGUGAGCCCUGGGGCCCUGCGGGGGAGGGCUUCAGCUUGGUCUCAGACUGACAGUGUUUUAGCAGUUCCGAUACAUGUUCUCAGAAAACUUCUUUUUAAAUGGAUGGGUGUGUUUUCACGAAUACUGUUUCUUGUAAAAGCAUGAAAAGGGAAGAAUGCCCAAGUUGGUCAUGUGUGUUUACAGCAGGAGGGAGCCCAGUCUCCCCGCCGGGGGCUUCUCCACGGGGCACCCUGCGCGGGCCAGCAGGGGGGCUCCCUCCACCUUCUCACCGAAGAAGCACCUGGGGCUUGAGCUGUGACCGGCUCAGCAGAGCCCGCAUGUUGUCCUAGUGUCAUUCAUGCUUGACCAGCCAACUAACUGCCUUUGUUGUGUUCAGUUCUGUUGCUUUUACUAUUAACACAAAAAUAGACGUAGCUUUUGAAACCCCGUUUAUUGUAGAGGUCCCCAAGGGGGAAGUCGUGCUGUGGAGAGAGAGAGUAAGCCGGGUCAGAAACAGACUUGUCCUCAGACAGCUGACCCUGGCUCCGACGAGGGCAGCCGCGCAGAAGUCGGGGGAGGAAUUUGCCAAAGAUCUGCCCCAGGACGUUGCCUGUCCAGUGUCUUCACCGUGAGAGUAGCCAAAGGUCCAGUGUGUUUCUUUCUUUUUCAUUUUUGUUUUUAAACUCCAGAGUUUUAAAAGUGCAUGUAAGAGUACGUGUGGUUUUCCAGCGAGCGGCCGGCACUGGCAGUUGCUCUGUGAUGUGCUCUCAGAAGGUUCGAUGCCCAGCGACCCCUGGAAGGCUUUGACACUCACCUCACUCUGUUGCUUCAUUUCCUUUUUGUUCUCCUGACAGCUGUGUCCCUGUGGGCAGUGUCUACGAAGUCAAGACACCUCGGUUUUGUGUUGGUUGAGCUGGCAGCUGCAAUCAGCUUUAUGCAAAUUUUAGGCAUGGCCCAUCUAGGGGCUCCUGGUUGGUGGCUGAUGGAGUGAGGGGAGGGAAAGGUGUCACCCCAAAAGCAAGCCCCUCUCGUUGGCUUUGGCCCGGCCAGACACUUAACAUCGUUUACGUGGUUCUGUGUAAUUAUAAAGUUUAUGUGUAAAAACGAAGCUGUUUCUGUGAAACUGUAUAUUUUGUAAAUAAAGAUAUUGCUACUUUGA